AUGUAUCCUAAUAAUCGCCAAAAUUCUUAUUCAACAGCUCACAUUGUAAGUAACUCAUUGGAUUUAGUUAACGAUUAUGUUUAUGAUCCUAAUACACAAAUUCAUUAUAAUAUGUAUCGAAACGUUGGCCAAAAUCGUGUUCCCGCACCGUCUGCUACCAAUUUAAUGCCUGUGAACUCACCAGCAAGAUCGGUCCGUCGUAUGCACUCAGGAGAUUCUGAAGAAGACGAUUUCACAACGGUCUCACAUAAGAAAAAAAGAAAUAGUAAUCGUUCUAACAAUUAUCAACAGCAACGUCAACAACAGAAUGAUUUUCACACUUCCCCCUCUAACCAAACAAAUCAGCCGUUUAGUCAACGUACAGCAACAAAUUUAAAUCUAAACCGACAGAAUUAUCAACAAAAUCAGAAUAUAUCAAUAGAAGCAACACGAAACGUCCCGGAUAAACAAGCGGCUGAAGAAGUGUUAUUACAUUAUAAACAUAAUUAUCAAAUUGAUAUCCUAAUUAACAAUUAUCACUCGUCAACAUUGAAAUGUGGAGCUAAUGAGGUCGACAUAAACGAACUAUCGGGGGAUUUAAAAGCACUUUUUCCAGAAAUUCAUAACGUAGUGAGAUUAAAAAAUAAAUUUCAACAGGAUAUUAGAAUGGUUAAAGUGGAAUUUGCAUCUGCUACGAUUCGUGAUGAUAUCUUAAACAGUGGUAAAAUUAAUGUUAAUUUUAGAAGUUAUGAUAUUGAAGAAUAUCUUGCGCCAGCAUGUGUUUUGAUUUGCUCAAGAUGUAUGGGAAUAGGGCAUUUCAAAAAGCAAUGUACUCAAUUAAAUGAAACAUGUAAAAUUUGUGGACAAUCUUCUCUCGAUCUAAAACAACACAUUUGUACAAUGCAACCAAAAUGUGUUCACUGUGCUGGGAAUCAU